AUGCGGUACAGCAACUACUCGAUUUCGACGAGCACGAUGACUGCGGCUGGUGUGGUGGUGGUAGCGAGUGAGAGAAACACGUCGCUGGUGUUGCUCCUCCUGUGUAUUGGAUCUGCGCGGCUGAGGAGAUGGCGAUGCUUCCUAUUUGUCUUGUCGGCCACGUUCUCAGCCUGGGACGGGUUCAACCUCACGCCGCGGAUCGUCGCCUCGGCUCUCGGCUCGGACCACAAGCUGCUGGUUGUCGGGCCGAAGGAGGAGGAGGAGGAGAAGGAGGAGUUUGAGGCGGCGGCGGCGGCGGUGGACGAUAGCUCGCGGGUCGAGGUUCCUGAGUCGUAUGAGUUCCAGCUGGCAGAGGACUUUGAGGAUGAGGACAUCUCGUCCGAUGGCGCUUUUGACUCGGAUGACUUUGAAAAGUUCGGAGACCUCGGCGUGCCGGCCGCACGCAAGUCGGCCACGGGCCGCCGCCGCAGGCUCCGGGCCAACGACAUCCGUGACGAUGACUUUGAUGAGAGCGAGCGCCACAUGCUGAUGGAUCUUUCCGAUAUGUUUGGUCCGCAGGAGCCGGCUGCCGCGCCGGCAAAGUCCUCGCGCAAGGCUCGGCGUGAGGCCUCGGCCUCAGCCUCAGCCUCGGGCUCGGGCUCGGAGUCGGCAUCGAGCUCAGGCUCGGCAGACAUGCUCUCGGUCGCGUCGGACGACGAUGAGUCCGGCUCAGACUCGGGCUCGGGCGGGCUGGCGGCGCGGAUCGCGACUCUGGGCAAGCGCGAGGCGCGCAAGACGCGGCACGCCAAGGUUCUUGUCGACGUGGCCGAGGCAUCCGAGUACGGGCUGGGUAAUGCCGAGGGAGUGACGCUGGAAGACCUGACGGCGCCGCUCUCCGGGACCAAGACACUCAACCGGCAGCUCCAUGCGCUGCAGUCCGAGAAGGACAAGGUGGCGGCGCCGCUCGACGAGCGUGUGGUGGACAAGAUCGAGCGGAGCGUGAGCUACAAGGAAACGGCUGCGCGAGUCUCGCGGUGGCAGCCGGUCGUCCGGCGCAACCGGCGGGCCGAGACGCUGGACCUCACGCAGGAGCUGGCGCAGUUCAAGUCGCGGACGGCCGAGUCGCUCGUCGAGCCGAACAAGGGCGCGUCAAAGAACGCGCUCGAGGCGGAGAUCAACAAGCUGCUCAAGGCCAACGACGUGCGGACGGAGGACGGCGUGCUCCGUGGCGAGGAGCUUGAGCUCCGCAAGGUCAGCAAGGAGGCCGAGGAGCAGCAGCACGCUAUCCUCGCCAAGAUGCGCUCCCUGAUGUUCUUCCAGGAGGCCAAGAACAAGCGGGUGAAGAAGAUCAAGUCAAAGGCGUACCGGAAGAUCCUCAAGAAGCGGCGCGAGAAGGAAAAGGCGGCGCUUCUGGAGGAGCUGAUGAAGCUCGAUCCGGAGCUUGCGCAGCAGGAGCAGCUCAAGCUGGAGCGCAAGCGGGCGCUCGAACGCAUGUCGCUGCGCAACAAGAACAAGUCUGCGUGGGUCAAGCGCCAGCUGAAGAACACCGCUGGUGUCCGCGAGGCCGCCACCCGCCAGGCUGUCCGCGACCAGCUCACCAUGGGCGCCGAGCUGAGCAAGCGGAUGGCCGGCCUCGGCUCGGGCUCGGACUCGGACUCGGACGCGCCUCGCAUGAAGCUCGGAGGCGAUGAGUCGGGCUCAGAGUCUGAGGUUGCCGUCGGCGAGCUGGGACGAUCGCAGACGCGCGAGGAAGUGCUCGAGUCGGCCGUGGGCAAGCUGCGGACGCUUGGUUCGGUCAACGCCGGCGACGCGCUCGCCGAGCUCGAGGCCGAGGCCGAGUCUGGCGGCAAGAAGGGGCUGUUCCAGAUGAAGUUCAUGAAGAAGGCCUUCAUCCGCAAGCACCAGGAGACCGAGGCCGCGGCCAAGGAGGUGCUCGCAGAGCUGGAAGCCCAGCUGGAGAACAAUGACGACGACUCUGACGACGAGGUGCUCGGCGGACGCGGUCAGCUCGCCGGUGCGGUCCGCAAGAACAAGGUCCGCUUUGCCGGGCGGUCCGCCCAGCUCGCCGAGGUGGCGACGGCGAGCGGCGCGUCUAAGAGCCAGACAGCUGGCGACGUGGCUGUCGACCUUGACGGCGUCGGCGGCAAGCCGAUGCAACUUGCCAUGGCGCAGUCGGGCGCCACCAAGAGUGCCAAGGACGGCUCGCUCAACAAGCGCGACGCCGCGGCCGAGGCCCGCGCCAAGCUCGAGGCUGAUCUCGCAGCCGAGCGCGCCUUUGACCGCGCCGUGGCACAGCAGGAGGCCGCGGCAGAGGCCGCCGGCGCAGGCUCUGGAUCCGGCGACAACGCCGGCGGUGCCAACCCGUGGCUUGUGGCAAGCUCGGACAUGAAGCGGGCGCAGCGGAAGAAGCGCACGAUGGACAAGGUUGGCAAGCAGCUGGCGGCGGCGCGCGAGGCUGGUGGUGGCGGAAGCCGCACUCAGUCGGUCCUCGACGCCGAGGGCGCCGGCGACGAGCCGGUUCUCGCGGCCGCGGCCGCGGCAGCUGCCGCCGCCGAGGGCUCGGACGAUGAAGCCGGCGGUGCGGCCGGAGGCCAGUUCCGGCUCACGACCGGCAAGGGCGGUAAGGGCGGCGAGCGGCAGGCGGCGCUUGUGGCCGAGGCCUUUGCCGACGACGAUGUGAUGGACGAGUUCCGUGCCGAGAAGGAGUCGCUCGUCGACGAGCAGACCGGCAUGACCAAGUACGCUGGCCUCGCUGACGCGCUCGGCCUUGCCGAGAACAAGCCCGGAUGGGGCGGCUGGGUCGGCAAGAACAUGAAGCCGAUGGAGGCAAAGGCCGACAAGAAGAAGCGGAAGAAGCGCAAGGGCAAGGCACCGCCCAAGUCGCGAGCCAAGCGCAAGCGCGAUGCGCAGCUCGACGCGCUCAAGGCCGCCCACGAGGCCGAGCGCAAGGCCAAGCGGGCCAAGCGGCGCGAUACCGGGCUCGACAACGUGUUUAUUUCGGAGAAGAAGGACAAGAAGGUCCUGGCGUACCAGGCCGCGCUCCUCCCGCACGCCUUUGAGUCCAAGCUUGUGUACGACGCUGCGCUGCGGAUGCCGCUCGGCAAGGACUGGAACUCGACGUCGGGCCACAAGAUGCUCACCAAGCCGGAGCUCAUCACCAAGAUGGGUGUCAUGAUCAAGCCCAUGACCAUGACCAAGUCGAUGAAACAGCAGCGCAAGCGUCGCGGUCUGUAUGCGCCCAAGAACCGCGGCGGAAAAGACAACGAGUAAAGCCGUCUACACUCCCCA